UCCUCUUCUUUUUUUUUUAAUUCUCUCUUCUUUUCCUUUUGUAGAAUAGUUUAGGUUUCACUUCAAGGUUGUCUUUGCAAUUCCAAAUCUCUCACAAUAUGUAGUAUAAGUCAUUUUCAUAAACUUUCUUUAGUAAAAUCACAUCUUUUUCUUUUUCCCCAUAAUGGUAUAGUCAACUUUUCUCUAGUCUAGUGUCAAUGGAAUUGGAUAAAAAAUUAGAUAUUAGGAUUCCAAUAACAAAAAGCGUUAAAGUAAUUUCUUUUCAUAUGUACAAGCAUCAUCCUUACGUGCAAAGGACAUUUGUACACAAAUUGAUUCGAAUACGGUUGUUAUAAAAAAUAAAAAUUUAACUCUUGUAAAACUUUCGAAUUUUUAACUGCACUAUCCUAGUUUUGGUAUCUACCAUUUUUAGCAAAAGUAGAAAAUCAUUAUAAUUAGGUUGGUUUCUAUUUAUAGAUUUUAAUAAUGUGCAAAAUCUUCCAUCCGCUUGCAAAAUAAUAAUGGGCAACAGCGGCCAUCUUUUGCGCAAAGUGACAAAAAAUGCUCUUAAAUAGGUGAGCCGCCUCAUGGUGUGCUUACCUUUUGGAUCUAAAAGGUUUAACUUUAUUAAUAAGUUUAACCUUCCUAGAUUCAUUGAGCAGACAUUUUUCAUCCUUUAUUAAUUUAUGUGAGGUAGUUUAAUUUGAUAUGGAGUUUAAUUAAUUUAUUAUGAAUCUUAAAUUUACCUCAACGUUUAUGAUUUUCUCACUAGUAGUAAAAUGAGGAAUUAAAAAUGGAGUAGUAUAAAUGUCAUUUUCCUACAAAUCUACCGCUUGAAUUUUUUAUGUGAUUUUUUUUUUUUAACAUAUAAAAGAUUUAAAAAAACAGAUAAGUGAUUUGAAAAUGUCUUUUUUCUUCUAUUCAAUUUGUAAGACGAUAAGAGAUCUCAUUUUAUAAUCAAUUUUGUCUAAAAAUUUCCUUUUAAUUGAUGAUGUAGUUAAUACAAAUUAAUUAGUUCUUCAAAAAGUUUCCUUCUCUUGCUGCAUAACCAGAUUCAUAUUUUCUAGUUUAACAUAUUUAAUUUGAAUAAAUUCUAAUGAUAACUAAAACAAGAAUAUAUACUUAUGUAAUAAAAAUAUCAACAAUCACAGAUUUUCAAUGAAAAACUAUAAUAUAAGUUAGAAUUAAAUCUGGCUCAAGAAUUUGAUAAGUUGAUUUUAAUAUCGAAAUGGUGUUAAAGACGAAUCUUGAUCUUUUGUAAGCUAACAUAGUAAGUUUUGCUUUGGGAAUGUGGAGACCUCAAGAUAUUAAUAAUAAGAAUAGUGAAAGGGGAAUAAAAAGGAUAAAAAUAAGAAUAGUAAAUGAGGCAACAAAAUAGGUACCCACGUAAGCGUAUAACUGAUAUUGAUCCUUAAGGUGACUAAACUUACAAAAAAUUAUAAAACUUUGGCUAUGUCUUAAGUAGGGUCCCAAAAUCUCCUGGUGAAUGAAGUCCAGGCCCAAGUAAAAGGUUCUGGACUUACAGCCUUUGGGCUUUACUAGUGGGCCAACAAUCUUUCUCCAUACAAUCGCAGCAAAACCAUAACAGGUCUACAUAGGAAAAAAAUAAGUAAAAUUUUCACAAAUAGCUACAUUUUAACUCUUUCUAACAACCUAUAACUAGAUGACCCUAUAUUUAUCUAGUAGUCGGGUAUACCAAAAUAUAGCAUAAAUAUAGCGGAAAUACAGACGUGAGUUUAACUGACAGUGUUAUAUUUAUGGAAACAAAAUCUGUUCCAAUUUUAAUUAGAAUCAGUUAUAUUGUUCCCUGAUUCACGCAAAUAUCCUCCCAUUACAUAUCUGAUUCCAUAUCUCAUUCAAACAGCUAACAAAUUCAAAAAAAAAAUUGAAUUCAAACCUUACAAUCAUAUUUUUAACCAAAAAUAAAAAGGUUGAAAAACCUUUGAAAAAUAACAAUAUCAAACCAGUGAACAUAGCUUGAUUAUCACGACGAAUAUAUAUUUGAUUUCAUCAAGUUGAGUUCAUAAUUGAGGUAACGAUUUUUUCACUGCAAACUUUUUUUUUUUUGUUCGUCUUUUCUGAAAUUGUUUCAGCUAAAUUGAAUAUAACACAUUGCUGUAUUCGAAAACAACAGGAUAAUGACAAGCGUAACUGCGUUGAUCCGUCAUUCUGGUUUUUGGAACGAUCAGAACUGUUUUGUGAAUUACAAAAUUGAUGUUGUUGUAUUCAUUGAUAAUUGCAAUUACGAUGAGUUAGUUUGUACGAUUACAAAUCAAUUAGGCGUGGAUACUGUUAGGAAAACUAUUUCAAUAAAAUAUACUGUUGAAGGCGAUUUUCAACCAAUUGAAAUACACAACGAUAUGGGAGUUCGUGUGUACGUUGAGCUUAAGAGAGAAAACAGAGUUUUGGGGAUGUAUCCAAUGUGCGUUAGUAUUCAUGAUUUGGAUGUUGAGGAUGGUGUAACUGGUAAUCGUAUUAUUGGAGAUGAUGUGCUGCAAAUUGGAUAUAGCGAGAAUCGGGAUGGUAUGAAAGUUUGUGAUUCUACUGUAAACGCUGUUGUUUUGUUUGGGAAUGAUAACAAUUUGGUAAUUUCGAAACCGGAAGCGAAAGGAGUUUUUGUCGAUCAAAUUUACCAGGAUAAGGAAACUUUGAAAAUUGUGAUGACGAAAUACGCAAUUCGUGAAAGAUUCAAUUUCAAAACAGAGAGAUCGAAUGCUAUAAGCUACACUCUGGCAUGUUGGUCGCCAGAAUGUAAAUGGAAAUUCAGAGCGUCGAGAAUUGGGGAUUCUGAAAUGUUCAGGGUUAGAGCUUUCGAUGACAAACAUACAUGUCCGUUGAAGGACAAGGUGUAUUCACAAAGGCAGGCAACAAGUUGGUUUAUUGGAGAAGCGGUUGUGAAGGCGAAAAUAACUAACCAUAGAAGGAAGGUCACACCUAGGGAUAUAAUAGAUAAUGUUAAGAAUGAAUUUGGCGUAGAUGUUUCUUAUAUGAUGGCAUGGAGAGCUAGAGAGAAGGCUAUAAAAGAUUUCAGAGGUGAUCCAGCUCAUUCAUACAAGAAGUUGCCGGCAUAUAUAUACAUACUUGAUAAAACGUAUCCUGGAUCGCUCGUUAAAAUGCAUAAAUCACCAGAAAAUGAGUUUAUGUAUUUGUUUGUAACACUCAAAGCAUUCAUAAAGGGAUUCGAGUGUUGUAGACCAAUAGUUGUAGUGGAUGGUGCACAUCUUAAAUCAACGUAUAAUGGUACAUUUGUGUCGGCAAGUACUUUGGAUGGAGCAGGUAAUAUCCUACCACUAGCGUAUGGUGUGAUAGAUUAUGAGAAUAAUAAGUCGUGGACGUUGUUCUUUGAACUGUUCAAGCAAGCUUAUGGUGUUAGGCAAAAUAUGUGUGUCGUGUCCGACAGACAUGAAAGCAUAAUACACGCAGUUUCUAAGGUGUAUCCUACUGUUCCUCAUUUGGCUUGUAUAUGGCAUUUGUGGAAAAAUGUGACAAAGCAAUACACAACAAACAGUGAGGUGUUGAGUCCUAUAUUUUAUUCACUAGCGAAAGCAUACAGCCAAGAUGAGUUCGAUAAAUUGAUGGAGAAGAUUGGGAAUGUUGAUAUUCGGGUAAAAUGAUACCUAGAAGAUGCUGGAAGAGAUAAAUGGUCUAGGCUUUAUUCACCUGUUAAUAGAGGAUGGACAAUGACUUCGAAUAUAGCCGAAUGUAUUAAUGGAAAACUGGUUGCUCCAAGAGAGUUACAUAUUUUUGAUUUCCUUGAAGAAGUGAGGAAGAUGUUUGGUAGAUGGAAUUGGACAAAUAAAAAAAAUGGUACCUACACAUUCACAACACUGAUGAGGCGGUAUCAAGAGAUGUUGUCGAUCAACGAGUACAAAUCAAUACGAAUGAGGGUAUCUUUGUUUGCAACACAAAAAUUUAAUCUAUAUUUUUACUAUAUGUAAUGUAUAUUUAUAUAUAUUCCCAAUAUGGUAAAACUGCUCAGGUAAUGCUUGUUUAUUUGUUAAAUGGUUCUCAGGUUGAAGCGUCAACUGAAUAUGUUUACACAGUGAAUGAUGGACCGAGGCGUUUCAUAAUAGAUUUGAAGAAGAAAACUUGCAGCUGCAGGAUGUUCCAACUGGACGAGAUACCGUGUUCUCAUGCAUGGGCAGUAUUGAAGAAUAAAAAUUUGACUGCUGAUGUAUAUUGUUCGGAUUUAUUCAAGCCGGAAACAGUUGUGAACACAUAUGAUGUGCCAGUUGAUCCUCUUCCCGAUGAGACCGAGUGGAAUGUUCCUAAAAGUAUAUUAGAUGAAGUUGUUAUGCCACUGAUCUAUAAGAGACCCCCUGGGAGGCCAAAAAAGAAGAGGGACAAGCCAUUACAGGAGUUGAUGAUUGGUAAACGCAGAAAUUCCUGCGGUAAAUGUGGACGUCUUGGUCAUAAUAGGCGUUCGUGUGAUAAUCCGCCGCUCAAUAAGAAGAAUAAAUAAGUCCAUUUUGAUUUUAUUUGUUAAGACAAUUCUACUUUAAAUUUCAGUUAAAAAUAAAAAAUGAAUUCAUCUUGAAUUCAUAUUAUUCUAGUAUGAUUGUAUUUCACAUGGUUGAACAUCCGAUGUUUUUCAAUGUAAUGCUAUAUUGGUGGUU